AUGGUCGUCACGCAGCAGUACACGCCGGCGUACGUGUUCAAGUGCAACUUUAUGGUGUGGGGUCUGUCGGCGCUGCUGUCGCUGGCGUCGCCGACGACCCACACGGCCACGUUGGACCGCAAGUGCGAGUUUUCCCACGUCGACUUUCAGCUCGUGUGUUCGAACGGCACGGUCGCAAUUGGGAGCAUCAGCCGGUUCCUGGCCCUUGUGGGGGUGUGCGUUGGGUCCGUCGCGGUCUGCUACCUCUUGGAGCGCGUAUUGCAUCCGAAUCUGCCUCCAGCAUCGCAAAACUCGCUCUUCCUCGCGUCGUCGGCCAAAUACGUGUUUGACGCGGCGCGAUGGAUCGACCACAACGUCUACUACAUCGACCCGUCGUCCGCUGUGAUCAACGGGAUCCUGUCGUACCGUGAGAUCGGCUUCGAGCGGUGUGUCAAGGAAGUCUGCCUUUACGUCAAAAGAGUCGAAGACUCGAUGGUGCUUUUGACAGUAUACGUCGACGACAUCACCCCGAUGGAUCCGAACCGAUGGAGACAAGUGCCCAUUGACCAGGAUUCGUGUCCGUCGUCCAGAGUAGAUGCCGCCAAGUUCCGUGAGGCGGGUGGACAUGCGGUUGCCGACGAUGACAUCGCUCGGUGUGAAGCAGUGGCGGAUGCUUUCUACAAGAACCCUGAAGACAUGGACGCAUUCAUCGAAGACAUUCUAUUGAUGCCCCAUUCUCAAGUUUACGAGCUGACAUCAAUUCGUCAAGGAAAACCCGGGGUCGCUGUGGGGAUUCUAGUCGCACCGAAUCUGCCACCGAAGACACGCUUCACCUAUGUCAUUGACAAAUUCAUCGCGCGGCUUUCCCUGUGGUGCUUCAAGGCUCGGACUCUUGCUGGCAAGAUCGCCAUCCUCCACUCGAUUUGUUUACCCGUGCUGUGGUACCAGCUAUCCUUCGUCCCUGCAGACAAGUCAUUGGCCAAACUGGUCGACAACGCCAUGCUCCAAUUCCUCCACGGUGAAGAAAUCAACCCGUCCAGCUCCACGCAUGUCCUACGACUGAUCAAGAAGGACAUUGUGUUCAUGUCGAAGCACGCAGGAGGUCUUGGCUUACACCACGCGCUGAAGUUGUGGGAGCAACACAACCGGGCCGUGAUGAUCCGGUGCGUGAAAGCUUUCGCGGUGCCUUCCUCCAGAGCCGGCAUCCCCUCUUGGAUUACUCCAGGGUACUUCUUGCUCGAAAAAGCGUUUCAUCCUUGGGGUUCUCCUCGGGACCUGCUGCUAGCAUGCGGCCACUCCCCCUUCCUCAAGACACUAAAGAAGAGCCCGAAUGUCACUCCAAUGUGGUCCACCUUACUUUCGUCGUGGUUUGAGGCGCGAUGGACGCCUUUUGGGUUUCCGUCGAGUGCGCCGUCGUGGCGUGUGCCGUUGUGGCACAACUCCUUCCUGCCUGGACUGGAGAACCUCUACGACCAUUGCGGGACUUCCACUCAACCUCAAGCGCUGACUCUCGCGUCCCUCGGUAUCACGCAAGUAGCCCAUCUUCUUACCCCUUGCGAAAGGCUGUGGCCGCCCGGGCUACUGUUCGACACCGUUCGACGUCUCUGUGUUCGCUCCAACCUUGAGCCCCCAACGAAGAAAUGGAUCACGAUUUUGACAACCAAGCUGUCGACAUUGUUUGAAGUCGCCUCGGAGAGCAAUCUCCCGCCGUUCCAUUUGCCACCUCGUCGACCACCGCUCUUGGAAGGCUCCUGA